CCACAAUUUUUAAAGAACCAAGUCUAUCGAGAGAUUAUGCAUUCUGUCCAGUCAAUGCCACGGAUAAGCAUCCCCACGGUCUCAGUGCUCUUGCUAGAGGUGAGAGGUUAUAGCAAACUACGCGACGGCAUAGAGGAGUUUCCAUACGGCUGGCUUCGAUUCACUGCUUGUGUACUGUCCUUUCUCUUUUUCACUGACAUGCUGAUGUACUGGAUUCACAGAGGCCUUCAUCAUAGACUUGUAUCUAAGCGCUUACACAAACCUCAUCAGAUCUGGAAGAUCCCAACUCCAUUUGCAAGUCAUGCUUUUCAUCCUCUGGAUGGCUUCCUUCAGGGUCUACCUUACCGCAUAUACCCAUUUAUCUUCCCAUUACACAAGGUAGUUCAUUUAGGUUUGUACGUCUUGGUCAAUAUCUGGACAAUUUCUAUUCAUGAUGGUGAUUUUCGUGUUCCCCAUAUCUUCAGGCCAUUUAUUAAUGGCUCAGCUCAUCACACAGACCACCACAUGCUCUUUGACUAUAACUAUGGACAGUAUUUCACAUUGUGGGAUAGAAUUGGAGGCUCAUUCAAAAAUCCCUCCUCCUUUGAAGGGAACAGACCACUUAACCAUGUGAAGAAGAUGACAGAAAAAAAGUGCAACAGCGGGGCUUCCCUGGUGGCGCAGUGGUUGAGAGUCCGCCUGCCGAUGCAGGGGACAUGGGUUCGUGCCCCGGUCCGGGAAGAUCCCACCUGCCGCAGAGCGGCUGGGCCCGUGAGCCAUGGCCGCUGAGCCUGCGCGUCCGGAGCCUGUGCUCCGCAACGGGAGAGGCCACAGCAGUGAGAGGCCCGCG